GGGCAGUUAGAGAGCAGGUUCUACCCCGAGGUGGAGCAGUGAGGACAGGAGCAGGGAGACAGGAGAGCGGAUGCAGGAGAGAGAUCCACCGAUGCGCCGCGCUCAGCCAACCUGAACAAGUUUUUUUUUUUGGUAAAAACAACAGCUCGAAGCGCAUCAACUUGUCCCGAUCCGCACCGAUGGCUUCGAUACUCGGCGGCAACAACAGCAACAGCGGCGGCGGCGGCGGCGGAGCGGGAAGCGGCCAGAUCAGGUGCAAGUUCAAACGGAGACGGAGGAGAAGAUCAAAGCGCAAAGAAAAAGUGAGCAGCAUGCUGUCAGCACUAAUCGUCCCCUUCAAGUAUAUGAGUCCAGGUCCGAGCAGCACAGAGGAUGACGAUUCACUAAGUACCAGCAGCACAGAAGUCAAAGAGAACUGGAACACGGGGAACUUCGAGGACCGCCCACCAAUCAUGCCGGCAGAUCGUUCGCCUUUCUUCCUGUCCGAUUCGUCCUGGAGCGGCACGGGGACUCUGAAACGGAAGCGUCCCUUAGAGGAGGACAACAACGGGCGUGUAUGCGAGCUGCGAGUUUGCUGCAGAAGGUCCUCAUGGUCGGACACACCGAAGAACGCCGUGGUGCAGCUGAACGAGCUGCGUCCGGGUCUGCAGUACCGCACCGUGUCUCAGACAGGCCCGGUGCACGCUCCGCUCUUCUCCAUCGCUGUUGACGUCAACGGGCUCACCUUCGAAGGAACGGGCCCGACGAAGAAGAAGGCGAAGAUGAGGGCGGCCGAGUUAGCGCUUAGCUCCUUCGUGCAAUUCCCCAACGCCGCCCAGGCUCACUCCGCCAUCGGAGGAGCAUCAAAUCCCACCACGGACUUCACUUCCGAUCUUUCGGACUUCCCCGAAACGCUCUUUAAAGGAUUUGAACCGGACGGAUUCCGUUCGGCCAAGUCCGAGCUGCUGUCUAGCGCCCUCCGAUUGCGCCACACGCUGGACUUAAUGGUAGUACAAGCGAGGCAAGGUGACGCCCACUUUUCCACACCUCCUCCCACACCUGAACCACCUCCUCCACCCAGUCCCGUAGUGCUGUUGAAUAACCUGCGGCCGGGAGCGCGCUACGCCUGCCUGUGCCAGAGCGCCCGAGGCAGGCGCGCUCGCCGGUGCUUUGUGAUGGCCGUACUGGUGGAUGGAAGGAUAUUCGAGGGCACAGGCUGCAGCAAGAAGCUGGCAAAGAGAAAGGCUGCACUCAGUGCCCUGCAGGCGCUCUUCAACAUCACACAGGCACCCGAGGCGAGAGUGGGUAUGAUCAAGCGGCCUCAUUUACCCCAGGACUUUGCAGACACCAUGUUUCAUAUGGUGAGGGAGAAAUACAGCGAGCUGAUUGGCUGCUCCGCUCUCAUGCACGCAUGUCACAAAGGCCUGGCGGGCAUCGUCAUGACCAGAGGGCUGGAUGUGAGACAGGCUGAAGUGGUAGCACUGGCUACAGGCACUAAGUGCAUUAACGGGGAGUACCUGAGUGACCAGGGCCUGACCGUGAACGAUUGUCAUGCAGAAAUUACGGCCAGACGAGCGUUACUGCGCUUCCUCUACUCACACCUGGAGCUGCACCUCAGUAAACGAGAGGAAGACAAGGAGCAGUCCAUCUUCGUUCGUCAUAAAGACUCGUCGUUCAGGCUGAGAGAGAACGUCCUCUUCCACAUGUACAUCAGCACAUCACCGUGCGGAGACGCCCGCAUUAACUCACCCUACGAGCUCACAACAGACUUCUCGGUGCACAGCAGCAGACCGGUGGUGAAGAAGUUCCACAGCCAUCUGCGGAGUAAGAUCGAGUCGGGGGAAGGCACUCUGCCGGUCAGGUGCAGAUCAGCCGUACAGACGUGGGACGGAGUUAUGCAGGGCGAGAGACUCGUCACCAUGUCCUGCACCGACAAAAUAGCCAGGUGGAACGUGCUCGGCCUCCAGGGGGCGCUCCUCAGUCACUUCGUCGAACCGGUGUAUCUAAACAGUGUGACAGUAGGCAGCGUGACACACACCGGACACCUCUCCAGAACACUUAACCAGAGGAUGGAGCGUCUUGGCUCACUUCCUGCUUGCUACCGUCGCAACCAGCCGCUACUCAGCAGUUUGAGCAGCAGUGAGUGUUGGCAGCAGCUCAAGGCUUCGUGCUUCAGUGUGAACUGGACUGCAGGAGACGAGCAGCUGGAGGUGAUCAACGCCUCCACGGGCAAACGCAGAGACUGCGGAGCUCCAUCACGACUCUGUAAACGUGCACUUUUCACACGAUGGAACAGAGUCUACCGCAAACUGGUAGCGAGCGCUCCGGGUUCAAGCGCCGGCUCGCUGACGUACGGAGAGGCCAAGCAGGCGGCGGCGUCCUAUCAGAGCGCGAAGGAGCAGUGGGUGCGAGCGCUGAGGGAAGCCGGUUUGGGGACGUGGGUGCGGAAACCAGCAGAGCAAGAGCACUUCAUGCUGAUGGCGUGACGACUCAAACACGGACAAAACAGCGAGAGAGAGAAGGAGAACGUGAAGACAUGCUUUUCCCAAAUCCUGACAAAAUGAAAGUGAAAAAAGAAAAGAAAAAAAAAAGGGUUUUUGAGAACAUUUCAUUCUCACCUUCCAGCGUCCCCUUCCUCUACUGUCACACUCCACUAAAAGAGUGUGUUUGUGUGUUAACCUUCGACAAAGUGAAAGAGAGCAGCCAUGUUGUCAUCGCUGGCCCGUUUCCGGAUGCUUGGCCCCUGUAGAGUUCUUCGCACACCGUCCAAUUAAAGGUGCUGUCAGAAUGAUGUGCCCCUCCUCCCCCUCUUUACUCUCUCUCUCUCUCGCUUUUUCUAUCUCACACACACACUUAUAUAAGCCUUACCUUUUUUUUUUCCUUCAUCAAGCAUACAAGCUCUCUUGCUCUCACCUCCAAAAGAAAAAAAAAAAGAGCAGGAGGGUGGUUUGACAUUGCAGCGACAGGUUAAUUCAUGCCCUUUUGUGUGCAGCAGAGGGAAUAUAAAGAGACGAGUGGAGGAAAUGGUGACAAGCUAACAUAAAUGGUGCCAUUAAAGCAAGGCGGGUCUGUACGGAGCGCUCGAGCUGGUACACUUCGCAGCUUUAAUACCUCGCCACACAUGACGUGUGCUUGUUUUUUUUUUGUUUUUUUUUGGUUCCUUGCUUUUGUGUUGCUUUACUGUAUAUUUAUUAAAGGCUUGUUAAAAUGAGAAAGGGAUAAAUCAGACACACGAGAGCGCUGUGGAGAAAAACUCACUUUUUUUUUGGUGUGAAAUAUCCAGUGUUUUUUUGUUUGUCAAAGCCCUGUUCAUAAAGUACAACAGCGCUAUACAGAUAAUGAUAACUUAGCCAUUGUGUUUACAGCCUGGGGU